AGUUUUUCGAUUUUCGAGCGAAAAUUCGCCGUGACGAAGCUGAAAAGAUCCGCAUCGACCGCAUCCGGUCGCAUCGAGACAUCCGCCGGCACACGCGCGAGGCUCCCGAGCGCCUGCGGCCGGUCCUGUGGGAUACCCAGAGCGCACGGACGGGAGCAGCGAAUGCAGCGAUAUCGCCGUCGGUCGGUCGGUGUCUGUCGGUCCGCCGCGGUCCGCGGUCAGUCAAUUCGUGCGGCGGUGUAUGGCGGACGCGAGUUCGCCGUGCGGAGGCAACGCGGUGCCGAACUGGCCGAACGUCACGAGAGGAUCAAGGGUCCGCGGGGAUCACGAGAAUGUCCGAGCGACGCGUGGCGUGCAGCACGAGGUUUAGGCUACGCGCGCGACGCGAGUGACUCGUCUCUUCUGUGAGUUCUGUGCACCGUCCGCCGCCUUUCCUUUCGUCUUCUCUGCUCGCGUCCGUGUGUACGUGGUCCUUCCCCCUUCUCGCAGGAGAGGAGACGCCGUGAUAGCCGAUGGCACCGUCCGCGGUACGAGUCCACCGAGUCCACGAGCGUCGCUGGGUCCGUCAGUGACUGGAGCCGCGCGAUGACUUCCGUCCCGGUGUCCCGAGAGAUGAUGCUCGGCUUGAAAUUGUCGGUAGCAGCUUGACACGAAUGGAACCUUGGAGAAUCUAAUGCAUGAAGUAUCUGCAAAAUUAUAAAUGUGCCUUCAAUGCUCUAACCAUUGAAAGAAGAAGAAGUAUCAAAAUGAAUAGGGCAGAGAGCGAGGAUGCUGGUAAGGGCUGGCACGAGUGUGCCAGUUGGUUGACCAGAUGCGGCGCGUUACGAGCGGAUCACAAGGCCAACUGGCCACAGGCAACUGCGUUCGACCUGGCCUAUACAUUACGGGACGGUGUGUUGCUGUGCAAUCUACUGAACAUUGUGGAUCCUGGGUGCAUAGACAUGAAGGAUGUGAAUCAGAAGCCUCAGAUGGCACAGUUCCUGUGUCUGCGUAAUAUAAAAGUGUUCUUAUCGGUGUGCUCGAGUGUCUUCGGCCUUUCCGACUCGGAGCUCUUCGAACCGUUUAUGCUGUUCGACCUUUCUAACUUCCAUCGGGUCCUCUGCACACUCUCCGCUUUGUCCAAUUGUCCAAGACUGAGGCGAAAGGGUAUACUUGGAUUCUCUGUUGGUCAUGGAAGAUCACAAGAGGACAUUUAUAAGGAUUUACAAAGUGCUGGCGCAGGCCGCGAAGAUGAGGGUCGCCGCAGAAGGUUUAGGAGACGGGAGGGUGACGAGACGGGCGGCGGGAGGGAUAAUGAGGAUCCAGUCGGCGAGGAAGAUGGGUAUGGAGCUUUUUGCAGCCACGCGCAAAGCGAGGAGAUCUACCAGGACCUCUGUAGUCUGCAUUUACCACCUCCUCCGUCAGUUGCGCAGAGUAGUGCCAUUUCUGGAGGUGAGAAGAGAGAUUACGUUAUCCAGGAGCUCGUGGAGACCGAGCGAAACUACACAGAAGUUCUCAGUAGCCUACUUAGACACUUCGCCCGACCGCUAUCGUCGUUACUCCGGCCCGAAGAUUCCGCCCGCAUCUUCUUCGGUAUCAAGGAGCUCGCGGAAAUCCACGUAGGCUUUCACAGUCAACUACGCAAGGCGCGAAACGGCGCCGCGCUCGCCCAAGUCUUCCUGGACUGGCGGGAGAAGUUCCUCAUUUACGGCGAUUACUGCGCAAAUCUCACCGUAGCACAAAAUACUCUGCAGGAAGUCUGCGCGCGUAACGAAGUAAUCAAUCAAGAAGUUAUCAGGUGCCAACAAGAAGCUAACAAUGGUAAAUUUAAGCUGCGCGAUAUACUGUCUGUGCCGAUGCAAAGGGUGCUCAAGUAUCACUUGCUAUUGGAUAAGUUGGUGGAGGAAACGCCUCGCGAGUGGGUAGAGGACUGUCAUGCGUUGGCCAAGGCGAGGGAAGUGAUGGUCGAUGUCGCUCAGUAUAUAAACGAAGUGAAACGCGAUUCCGAUACGCUUGAUAUCAUCAAGGACAUCCAAGCAUCGAUAAUCGACUGGGAUGUGCCUGAGGAUGCGCAACUGAAGGAUUUCGGCCGAUUACUUCGUGACGGCGAGCUCAAGGUAAAAGCUCAUGGCGACCAGCGAAUAAAGGCCCGUUAUGCAUUCGUGUUCGAACAAGUGGUACUGAUUUGCAAAGCUGGCAGAGGAGAUCAAUAUUGUUACCGAGAAACUCUACGAUUAGACGACUAUAGACUGGAGGACCACAUAGGACGGCGAACUUUGGGCAGAGAUUCACGUUGGUCCUACCAGUGGUUACUUGUACAUAAGCAGGCGUACACGGCAUACACUUUAUAUGCGAGAACGGAGGAGCAGAAGCAGAUCUGGAUAAAGGCGUUGCAGGAUGCAAUGGAUAAUGUUAAUCCUGCAGCCUGUCGGAAUACCAAUCAUAAAUUCAAGUUGACAACGUUCGACACACCUAAGAGCUGUCAACGAUGUGGAAAAUUUCUUAAAGGCCGCAUAUUCCAGGGCUAUAAAUGCGAGGUAUGUCGCCUUGCCGUGCACAAGCAGUGCAUCGCGCACUCGGGUCGCUGUAUGCCCACGCCGCCGUCGCCGACACCGCCACCGCCGCUACCGUGCGAACGUGCACUCACCAUGAAGCUGUGGUUCGUUGGGGAGAUGGGCAGAGAUGCAGCUUCCAAUAAACUGGAAUCUCGUGAAGAUGGCACCUACAUGCUGCGCGUCCGUCCGGCGGGACAGCCGCGUCUUAAACAUGAAACCAAUUACGCUCUUAGUAUCAAAGCGGAAGGAGCAGUCAAGCAUAUUCGAGUGUUCAAACGCGAUGUGGACGGCGCGGAUCUGUACUAUCUUAGCGAGUCUCGGUUUUUCAAGAGUGUCGUUGAGUUGGUUGAGUACUACGAACGAGCGUCGCUUUCGGAGAACUUCGAGAAACUAGACCAGCGUUUAUUAUGGCCGUACCGGCGUGUUCUGGCCAAGGCGCUAUUCGACUUCCGCGGCUGCGAACGCAAUCAACUGAGCCUACGACGUGGUUGUCGAGUCGUGGUGCUAAGCAAGGAAGGUGAUGCCAAAGGAUGGUGGAAGGGUAAAAUAGGCGAUCAAGUAGGAUUCUUUCCAAAAGAAUAUGUAGAGGAGGAAUAGGAUUAUUAAAAACACGGACCGUUAUUAUAUCGUUGCAUAUAAUAUAUCGGAUUCCCAAGUUUUCGGCUAGACGUUUUUUGAUCAUUGAUUACUAUAUAUUGUGACAAAACGAUGAGAUUCUUUUAUGAAAUGCAUACUUGUAAAUAUAAAGUUUUUAAUGAAUUGGUGAAAAUUUGAGAUAUUUUUAUAGGAGAUACGUAUAAUAUUAUUUGAGAUCCCUACAUACACAGAUAUGACAUUUGUUACAUAAAUUUUACACUUAGGAGACAUUUUUAUCUUCUGUGUGAUAACGUAAGAUUAACCUCACGGCAUGAAGAAUGUUAUGUAUAACUGAAGGUGAAAUGUAAAAAAUAAGAUUUUACAAUACAUAAAGUCGGGUAUGAUUUAAACCAUACUGUUACAAAACUUCUAAUUUUUUUUAAUUAUAGAACCGACAUCUUAUACGCAACGACUUAAUAUUUGUUGACCUCUCGAUGGCAGAUAAACGCUAUGGUAAUCAUCUUACGGUGCAAUUAUAAUAACUCUAUCGACGCAUACCUCAGUAGGGAAGAAUAAGGACGAGUUUAUUCAUGAGGCAUUUUUGCGUUGUAUAAAAAAAAGUAGGUAAAUGUAUGCACAGUUUGCACGUCGCAUGCGUAAUUUUGACGCUACUGUUCUUUUGUGUUUAACGAGAUAAAAACGCGUCACAUCGAUAUGUGCAUGGCGCUACACUUAGGCCGGUAUUCAUAGUCGGUCCUUAUCUUUCAAGACCGUCUUAAGUGAUGUCUUAAGAUGCUAAUACGGCUCUCUGUGAUUGAUUCAUAACACCUUAAGAUUAUACUUAAGAUAUCUUAAUAUAAGAUCGGUCUGAAAUAUAAGAUCCGAUUAUGAAUACCAGCCUUUAGACAACUUAGAAAAAUAUUUUUAGCCACGUGUAUAGAAUUAUAAAGAUAAUUGCGUAUAUAUAUUUUUUACUGCGACGCGGCAUUCCUGAUAAUCGUUAGGCGAUGAUAUCAUAAAGACUAAAGUUGUCUGAAAGUGCGAAUUUAGAAAAAUAUGUGCACAUACAAAAUAAAAGAACGGGAGCUUAUUUUCUUUGAGAAUAAAAUUUUUCUUAAAGAAAAUUAAAAGAAGAGAAAAAUCAUACCAAAGAAUUGCAACUAAUAUUUUUUAUAGAUGUGUCUCCACUUCAACUUUAACAAAAUGUGAAUUUUUCGCCUAAAAAAUCUGCUUCCGAUUCCCUUUUUUCUAUGAGCAUACUAUAUGUGUGGUGGUCUAUAUCUCUCUUGUCAACAACUUUCUUCUUUAUGAUUAAAUUUCAGAGUCAAUUGCCAGAAGUUAAUUGUACAUAAUCCUACUCGUACAAUUAAUAAGAGAUAUUUCUAGUUAUAUUUAAAUUGCGAACAAAUAAGUACACAAAUUGUAUACAGGGUGUUUGGUAAUUGGAGAACAAAGAGAGCAAUUUCUCAUUAAGAUCAAGUCAAGAAUAAGAUCAUUAAGUCUAAGAUCAUUAUAUUUGUAUAAAUUAUACUCGUGUUUCACGUGUUAAUUAUAUCUCAAGAAAUUAUUCAUUUUGCAAGCGUUCAAUUUUAUGAUUCUUGAAAAUAUCUAAUCAUUUCUAUUAAUUAUCGGUGUCUAUUGACUUUUAUAAUAUCAUGUAUUUAGAUAAAAUAUAAUUGUAUAUAAAUUUCUAUGAUCUGAUUGUUGCUUGGAGUUACAAGUCCACGAGAGAAAAGCUGCCUAAAAAUUUUAAUUUAUUAUAAGCUCAAUUAGUGCCAAUCAAAAACUCUGUCUAGAUGGGAAAAAUAGUAAUAUUUAGGUACUAGUUUAAAAGUCUAGGAGAGAAAUACACCAAAUCUUAUUAACGGCUUGUAAAAUUUGCUUCAUAUAUUCGUUAUUCCAAGCAACAAAAUUAAUUAAUUAUAGAAAAUUUAUUCGAGAAAUUGAGAAAUUAUUUCUCUUUCUUAUAGUUAUAUUACUUAUAGUUAUAUUACUGGUUAUCAAACAACUAUAUAUAGAUGCAAAUAUAUAUAUAUAUAUAAUAAAUAGAUAUAUAUAUUUUAUUGUAAGUAUAAAAAAUUAAUUUUACUAUUUUUU